AUGGUCAAGAAGGGUGAUGAGAAGUUGAGGUUCCUCAUGCGGCAUCUGCCAGGCAUGAAAGAGGUACCUGUGCCGAAACCUGGCGGAAAGCCCCAUGCUGCCUACAUUUUCAAGCAUGCGAAGUUCCCACGGGGCCACACCUUCCUGGUGCAAGGCAAGAUCGCUGAACCACAUUUCUGGGCCGUGUACCGCGGUGCAGUUGAGUUCAAGAGGGCGGAGGUUCUGCUGCUGGAGAAGCUUGCAAGUCAGCCUUAG